CAGAGCCAGACUGUUGUCAAGAGAAACGUUGCUAAUCUCUCCACACGGCUUAUAGCUUCAAAGUGAAGCUAAGUUGUGGUUUAUCUUUGUCCAGCAGUGUUGUGUUUGCGACAGUACGAAAAUGUUGGGGUAUAUCUGGCAGUAUGUCUACACAUCCUUCCUGAGGUACUGGCUGAAGUGGCUCAUCAGACAGGCGACAGGGAAAUGUGAGCUGCAGAGAAUAUGCUCUGGAUACAAGCCAGGUGCUACAAGGACAACAAAAGCAGAAUACUCCCUCCAAUCAUCUAAGAAUAAGGUAUUACGAGGGGCUUUGGAAACCAGCAAGGAUAAAUUAGAACAGUGUGUGGAUCAAAUUAUGAAAGAGAAGAAUGUCAAACCCCAGAAAGAUCCCCUGUUUAAGGAGAGCCUGCACGUCUGUCUGUUACAAAUAACGGGAUACAGCAGUCUGUAUAUAUCUGUGGAAAACUUGAGAAAAGAAGUUUUCAGCUCGGAGAAUGCAGAUCAUGAGGCCAGGCUUUUGAAGCUGUGGGAUCUGUUGAUGCCAACAGUCAAGCUGGAAUCAAGGAUAACCAAACAGUGGGGAGACAUUGGAUUCCAAGGAGAUGAUCCCAAGACUGACUUUAGAGGCAUGGGCAUGCUGGGGCUUAUCAACCUUGUUUUUUUCAGUGAAAAUUACACAGAAGAGGCUCGUCAGGUUUUGUCUCAUGCAAACCAUCCUAAACUAGGGUAUUCCUAUGCUAUAGUUGGGAUCAACUUGACAGAGAUGGCCUACAGCCUCCUGAAGAGUGGUGCUUUGAAACCACAUUUCUACAAUACAGUCCAGGGCACACCUGAGCUUUUGCACUUCCACCAACUAUAUUGUUACCUGGCGUAUGAAUUUGAUAAGUUCUGGGUGGCAGAAGAACCAGAAAGCAUAAUGCAGUUCAAUCAGUACAGAGAAAAAUUCCACAACAUAGUCAAGGCACAUCUACAGGACCCUGAUGUGUCUCUCACAUUGAAUGUCCAUUCUAAAAACUAACAUACAUUAAGGAAGGACUAUAAAGGAUUAAUAUGUCCCUGAAUUCUCCAUAGCCCCUGACAUUUUCUGAUCAGGUAUGGGAAGGCAGCAAGGCUCAGCGUAAGCAAUGCUGAAUAUUAAAAACAUAAAGACAGGCUGAAGCUCAUCUGCAACUCAUUCUCCUCAAAAAGGCAAACAAGUAAAUCGUCUUAUAUUUGGUUUUGUGAUUAAUUAGUCACAUUUUGUUCUUGUCAUAGUCAUUCAUUGUUUUACAGUAGAGCACAAAUCUACCGCCCUAUACCUCAGAAACCAUUCCAGUGGUUAAUUGUCCUUCAUAAAGGGGAAAUGAGACCAGCUGCAGAGGACUGUAGUGAUAACAACAGCUCUGUCUUUUGUGAGUGUUGAAGCACUUUCAGUAAGCAAGCAGCCAAAUUGUUGCAGUUUACAGACAGCUAUUGUAAAAUGGUGAUUAACUACCAAAUUUUUAGCUGUCUUGUUUGUUUUUCUUCUCACAAUUGUCCUGCUCAGGAAUUUAAUAUUUAUGUCCAGAGACCCAGACCAUGGCUGACAUUUAAUGUAAAAGUAAGUAAGUAAUGAAUUCCAGUGUGGUGUUCUCAUCUAAAAAGUUGUGCAUGGUUUAACAUGUCCCCGCUGAUAUUAUUAAUGUUAACUGUACUAUGUAAUGGUAAUGAUGUGGCACUCAAAAUAGUUGUUUGCCUGCUUUUCAUAAAUUUGUAUGUCUGGACUGAAAUUUGCGUUUUUGUUACCUGCUAUUUCUAUGCUGUGAUUUGCUUUUGAGGAAGUUAUGUAAUGAUUAACACAUCUUGCUCAAAGUUAAUAAAUACACAGUUUGAUGUUUUGAAAUAUGUUUUGUGUCCAUGUGUCAAAGGGCGAGUCAAAGAAGCAGGUACAGUGUCUGUAUUUACAUAAACAUAUUUUGUUUUUUAUUUUUGGCACCAGUCUUAUUUUCAAUAUAAAUGUGCACUGGUUUAAGCUGCCUGAAAUGUAUAACUGGCAGAUUUACAGGUCUUAAAGUGCUAACUCAACUUCCCAAAGGAGGUUAUUACAAGCUUGUUUUCAUAUCAUGCACUCCCACAAUAUUUGGAAUGGACUCAUUAUGACAAAUUAUAAAUAUAAAAUUAGCACUGCAUGUCUUCUUAAACACAAGUUCAAAGUCACAUACAAGGUGGAUUGUCCAGUACUCUUUUUUUUUCAGAAAAGGACUGUCUUCUUUGUUGCCACAGGACAAGAAGAUUGUUGAAUAAAGUUUAAAUAAGAAUUGAUAUUCAUUAGGCUUCUUCAUCCAGUGGUGGUUCAGGUUUUU